CCAGCUUGCUCAUUGCAUCAACAAUGUAGGAAGUUAUCAAUGUGCAUGUUUGAGUGGUUUUAAUGGUGAUGGAAAAAACUGCUCUGACAUUGAUGAAUGCCAAAGUCACAAUGGAGGAUGCCACCCCUUUGCAAUGUGCAACAAUACACCUGGGUCUUUCUACUGCACCUGUCCUUAUGGGUUCACUGGCAAUGGAACUGAAUGCUUGGAUAUCGACGAAUGUGCCCUUGGCAAUAUGAUCACCUCCUGCAAUGAUUCUGCCACAUGCAAAAAUACAGAGGGAUCAUUCCAGUGUGAAUGCCACAUAGGUUUCCACGGAGAUGGAUUCAUUUGUGUGGACAUUGAUGAAUGUGAGAUACUUUCCACAUGUGACAGGAACGCAGAUUGCAACAAUACUAUCGGAUCCUACUUAUGUACUUGCAGAAAUGGAUUUGUAAAUGCUGAAGGAUCGUGCUUGGACGUGAAUGAAUGUCUUAAUCAGAAAGUUUGUCACCAGAAAGCAAACUGCAUCAAUGUACAAGGUUCAUUCUACUGCAGUUGUAAAUCUGGCUUUUCAGGAAAUGAAACAGACUGUGUGGAUAUUGAUGAUUGUGCUCUGAAUAUUUGUCAUGAAAAAGCAACCUGCAUUAACACCAUUGGAGCCUACCGUUGUGAAUGCCACAUAGGAUAUGAAGGAAAUGGAACUCUGUGCGUUGACGUAAAUGAGUGUGUUACAAAUGACACCAUGUGUCACAUAUACAGUACCUGUGUUAACACUGAAGCUUCUUAUACAUGUCUGUGCAAUGAAGGUUUUGUUGGAAAUGGGUCAUACUGCGAAGAUAUUAAUGAAUGCCUUCUGACUAAUAUAUCUUUCCAAUGUCAUUUAGACUCAUAUUGCAUUAAUACUUUGGGAUCCUUUGAAUGCCUCUGUGAAACUGGUUUUCAAAGCAAUGGAACUUAUUGUGUUGACAUUGAUGAAUGUAAAACAACUUCAUCUGACUGCCACGAAAAUGCUACUUGCAUCAAUUUUUUGGGUUCGUUUGAUUGCCAGUGCUUGGCUGGAUUUAUUGGAAAUGGAACACAGUGCAUGGAUAUCAAUGAAUGCAAUGCAGAUAACACAUGCCACAGCAAAGCCUUUUGCCUGAAUAAACUGGGUUCCUAUCUGUGUCUCUGUGAUUCCGGUUUUACUGGAGAUGGACAAAACUGCGAUGAUAUUGAUGAGUGCUCAGACAGCACGACUUGUCGUAAAGACCAGAAAUGUAUUAAUACUGCUGGCUCUUUUCAAUGUGUUUGUCCCACUGGUUUUUCAGAAAACGGAGCCCUGUGUAUUGAUAUUGAUGAAUGCUUGGCCAAUAGCUUUCUUUGUCACCCAGAUGCUCUCUGUAUCAACCAACCUGGUUCAUUCUUUUGUACGUGCAAAUUUGGAUUUGCUGCUGAUGGAUUGAACUGUACAGACUUGGAUGAAUGUUUUGGAAAUGGAAUUGAAUGCAUAGAUAUUGAUGAGUGUGCAUUGGAGUAUCCAAUUUGUGAUGAAAAUGCAAUUUGCAACAACACUAUUGGAGCUUACCAGUGUGAGUGCCGUGAAGGAUUUGAAGGAAAUGGGACUAUAUGCUAUGACACUAAUGAGUGCAUUCAAAACCAGACCACAUGCCACAUAUAUAGCACUUGUGCUAAUAUGGAAUCUUCUUAUAUAUGCCAUUGCAAUGAAGGAUUUGUGGGAGAUGGAUUAUACUGUGAAGAUGUAGAUGAAUGCGCACAACCUGAUGUGUUAUUCUUAUGUCGAUUGGAUUCAUAUUGUGUGAACACACUGGGAUCAUUUGAAUGCCAUUGUGAGGAUGGUUUUGAAAGUAAUGGGUCUGAAUGUAUUGACAUUGAUGAAUGUAUGGCAAAUUCAUCGGACUGCAAUGUGCACACUAACUGUAUUAAUUUUUCCGGGUGGUUUUAUUGUGAGUGCUUGGAUGGGUUUAUUGGAAAUGGAACAGAGUGCCUAGACAUUAAUGAAUGUGCAGAUAAUCAUACAUGUGGCACGAUGUCUUCUUGCCUGAAUACACCAGGCUCCUUUCAAUGUCUCUGUAAUUCUGGUUUUAAUGGAGAUGGACAUAACUGCAGUGAUGAUAAUGAAUGCUUAAAUAACACUAUUUGUCGGGUUGAUCAGAUAUGCAUUAACACAGUGGGCUCUUUUCAGUGUGUUUGUGCCAGUGGAUUUUCAGAUAAUGGAUCAGUGUGUGUAGAUAUUGAUGAAUGCUUGAUAGAAAACUUCCCUUGCCACCCAGAUUCUAUUUGCUCCAACCAACCUGGAUUGUUUUCCUGUACCUGCAAAUCAGGUUUUGUUGGCGAUGGAUUCAACUGUAACGACGUCAAUGAGUGUCUGGAUUUGAAAGGGGCCUGUCACCAGAUUGCACGCUGUAUGAACACCCCAGGCUCAUACUUGUGCUUCUGUGAGAAGGGAUUUCUAGGCAAUGGACAGAUGUGCUCGGAUAUCAAUGAAUGUCAGCUGGGCAAUCAAGAAUGCCAUUCAGAAGCUUCAUGUAUCAACACCAUGGGGAGUUUUUACUGUGUGUGCAACCAGGGAUUCAGUGGCACUGGUGAAACUUGCACUGCUAUUGAUGAAUGUUCGAUGUCUAGUUCUUGCCAAACAAAUAGCAAAUGCACAAAUAUGGAAAAGUUGUACAAAUGCAUUUGCUCAUCCAAUGGCACUUGUGAUCUACAACCAGCAAAUGGUGUGUUCUAACUUGAGUAUAUUGUCAAACUAAUGUUGAGCAUUAUUUAUCAGAAGCAUUAUAAAAAUCAUGUUGUAUAAGGUUUAUAUGCUAUAUGACUGAUUGUUAACUUGAAAGGCAAUAUUCAAGAUGAGUUUUCUCAGACCAAUGAAUGGGAUAUAAACAGUGCUUUUUUUGUAGAUAAUAAGGUGUUAGUACGCAUAUUGUUCUUUGCUGUUGGUGUCUAUGGCGGAUCAUAGUUCUAUAAACUGCUUUAGCUGUUUAAGGGCCAGACUGU